CAUCCGUGCGCGCACCCGCCGUCGCCUCGUGCCACAGGCUGCGUGAUCGCGAUACGCUAACGGCUAAACAACAGCGUAAAAAAAUCGAGUUACUUUUUUUCAGUGCAAGCGCCAAUGUUUUUAUACUAUUGUUAUUGAACCAAGUGUUACUUUGUGAUGUGAUUUGAAAGGUUCUGUUUUAAAUUACAAUCCUUAAAGGAUUUAAGUCCUUGAAGGAUUUUACUUUAAGCUUUUUUGAGGUCUGAUGUGCGGCGCGGGGGGUCGCCAUGUCCGCGGUGAUGAGUACGCUCUCCAUGAUCAGCGGCGGGCGACGCGCGCACCGCAAGCUUGGCAGCUCGCGCAAGUCGGGGCAGUUCUCGGACGCGGGUGAGGACCGCGGGCGCAUCCAACAUGACCUCAAUAAGCAGCAGCGGUCUGCAUCCCUCCAAACUCUGGAGCCUGGAGGGGUCGUCAACCUCGACAGUUUGGAGGCUAAGAUGGCCAGCAUCGAGGUGUCGCUUGCAGGCGUCGGCUCGCGGCGUCGUAGCGCUGGUGCCCGCGACGCCUCUCGGGAGCUGGACGCCUUGCGGGCUGCGCUCUCCGACAAGGACACGCUCAUACAGAGCUUGAAGAAACAGCUAGGCGCAUCGCUGAGUGCGGCCAGGCUGGCAGCACACGCGGCAUCGCCGACGCCCGGCGGCCGAGACGAGGCGCUGUCGCAAGACGAAAAGCGCGCGCUAGAGGAAAGAGCCGCGGCCGUGCGCAAAGAACUGGACACCAGGAAGACCAACAUCCUGGAACUCAAGCGGCGUUUGGAGAAGACGCAUGUGACUGAGAACAUAGACACUCGUAUCGAGCAAGCCGAGCUGCAAUACCAGGUGGGGCGCGAGGAGUUGGAGCUGCUGACUCUGGGCGAGCAGGCUCGAGGGCUUGCUCUGCUCAUCGAGCAAGCAGACGCCGCGCACCGUACCACUCUCUACAGCACGGUACGAGAGAUUGGCGGCAAUGCCGUGGUGGUCGCAACUGAAGCACGAGAGAAUGUAUGGAGCGCAGCGUCGCGCGCUGGUUCGGGCGUGACCGUCGACUGGACAGAGCACCCCGCCAUGAAGCCUGGCGACAGAAUCCUGGAAGUAAACGGCACGCCCACGCUGUGCUGCAGCCAGGAGGAGUUCCGUCGCGCCGCCUCCAGCGUGUCCCCGGUGCGCCUGGUGUUGCUGCGCGCACAGCACAACCCACCCGCGGCGCUUGCUUUUACACAGAAUGAAGCGGCAUCUCUUCGCGCAGAGCUCGGGGCGCUGCGAGUAGCGGCCGACGACGCGGAAAGGGCCAAGGAGGGGCUCCGGUCAGACAACACAAGGCUCACACAUCGCAUCUCUUAUCUAGAGGAACAAGUCGCUGAACUGCUGAAUAGGCAUCCACAGCUACAAUCAGUAAGCAGUAACGACAGCUGCAUAACAGUCAACAAAACAAAGAAGAACGUGACCAGCAUUAGCAUCACUACCGAGCCCCAGUCGAAGCAGAGUCCAAAAUCUGAAGUACAGGUCUUCCAGAAGGGUCCUGACAUCACAGCUAUCGUUGCCAAAUUGCCCGGACUGGAUUGUGCAGAGACUAAUUUGCCAAUUGUAAGACCACGAUCGAAUGCAUCUGGUGCUUCAUCCAGGAUAGCAACUUCCCCGAGAACGUCUCCCACACCAAAUAGGAGGUCACAUAGUUCCCACAGCCUAGAGCACAGAGCAGGUCGAAUCCGCCAUUCUCUGUCACACCACUGCAUACAUGAUUACAGCGCGGAAACAGACGCAGCCAUCCGAAUGAUUGAAAGAAACCAAAGACACAUGGAGAAGCAGCGAGUUAAACAGACAGACCGUUUCAGCAGAUCGAAGACUGAAGACAACUUCCGAUCGGACAGCGAUUUAGACAAAGAACAACGAUACAAAGAAGAAACGAAUGUGUGCGACCAAAGACGUAGCGAAAUCAAGAAAGCAGCCGAAAGAAUAGAAGAAAGCAUCAAGAAAACUAACUGGGCCGAAAGAAAAACAAUGUCCAUAAUAGAGCAACUGAAAAGGUCGCAGCGGCUGCGCAAAAUUAAGAAGAACGAAAGCGUUGAGAAUAUCCCAGUUGAACCAGAAAAGCAUUACACUUACAACCGGAUCGAUGGCAAAGUUUUAGAAAACGCCCACAAAUCAAGCCGAAGAUCAUCAAAGUUGCAUUCUCGCAGUGCCAAAUCAUCGGAGUUUGAGUCCGAAUGCUCAGAUUAUCCGAACGGCGAUGUGUACAGUAGUUCGCCGAGGUUAGACUACGGUUCCGAGAGCUGUUCAAGGUUAAGCCAUUAUAUCAAGAACGAAGACCGCGAAGAACUUAAAAGACCGACUCCGCCGCGAAAACCGUUAAGAUUAUCACUUCACAAAGCGCGAAGUGCGCAUUCCCUUAUGAACGGGAGCGAAUCAGAGAGCACCAGCAGACCUCCUUCGGAAGCCCAAAAUGGGGACAUAGGACAAAUGUCGCAUUGCAAGAGGCCAGUGAAAAGGACCCACGCAAAUGAUAAAUGGGCUAGAGAAAGGAUUAGGGACGGAGCGCGCGCAACGCCACGUCCUACGAGGAAAGUGAUGAACGGAUUGUCAGCCUGCGAGACGCCCGCUGCCGACGACUUGUAUCCGGAGUCUAUGCACGUCACAAGAAGGAACGGCAUGGCUCAAUCUGCCGGCAAAUGGUGCUAGCGAAUCAUUAAUAGAUUAAGUUAAAUGUAUAUUUUAUUUAAGAGUUCAUAUGCAAUAGAAUAAUUUAUACAAUCGUAAUGUUAUGAAAAGAUAUCCUGCAAAUUCGUAGGUUGGAUAAAAAAUUUUAGAGGCUAUAUCUGAGGCCAUGGCUCUGCUAUCAACUACAGAUUAGAAAAGUAGCAAGACAACUUUACUGAUCUUUUUGAUUUAAGUUUUUACAAUUCCGUUGAGCCUCAAUUGGUACGUUUUGAACAGCGUACAAUGAUUUUUUCGCAUCGUCAAAAGCGAUGGCCCUCGGGUAUCUAACAGAGAAGAUUUGAGUAAAUUUUCGCAUAUACCAUUGUUAUAAAGCUGUAUUUCCAUUGUGCAAAUUUAUACAGAUACUAGCGGACCCCAGCGCCAUCUGUCGGGCUGAUUUGUGAAUCUAAACCAUCCAGGGUGCCACCCAAACGCAUACAAAAAAGUUCGUUCAAAUCGGUCCAGCCGUUUAGGAGGAGUUCAGUGACAUACACACGCACACAAGAAAUAUAUAUAUAUAUAAAGAUGACGUCACAUUGGCGUUAGUAGCACUUGCAGUUUACAUAAGAGUUGGCUUCCGUUACUCAAGUAGCAUGCAAUCCACUUGCACAAUAGAAUCGCAGCUUGUAAUCGUUGUAAAAAUAAAGUGUAAAUCCGUUAAAACAGCACCCACCGUUCGAUGCUCACCUUGUAAAGUGUUACUACUACCCGAUCAAGCCAACUAGGAAAGACCGCCCGUAAACCGCCUCGGACGCCGCGUCUUAACACUGGCUAGUAACAGUCGGCUAGUAAUAGAAAAUUUAAACAAGAAACAAAUAAAACAAUUAUU